AUGGGCCAACAGUUCGCGGACCAGCUCAGCCCGGGUCAACAAGCUUCUACCCUUCCGAUGAUUGCAAAAAAGUUCGGUUGGGAAGACGACUACUACUCUGGGACGCUAUCAAAAUGGCAACAAAUUAAGCCGAGGAUAUGGGCGUUAUUCGAUGAACCAUGGAGUUCCCAGUAUGCUCGGAUUAUCUCUUGCUGUUCGGUAUUCUUCAUCCUUGCCUCGACAAUCUCAUUUAUGCUCAAGACACAUCCAUCAUUUCAAAUCCCACAAAUCACAGUAACCUACGGUUUCCGACUUUUCGAGAAAGAUGGAAUGUCAGACUUUGCCAAAGCGAUUGGCACUCACAAACCGUACACUGCACCUCAUCCGUAUUUCUUCUACGUUGAUCUGAUCUGUAAUUCAUGGUUCACGUUAGAAUUGCUAAUCCGUCUACUAUUCUGCCCAUCAAUGCGACGCUUCCUUCGCUCACCACUCACCAUCGUCGACGCAUCAGCUGAAGAGCUGGCGCUGUUAGUGUUCUUCGUCUUACUUGCCAUUGUGAUAUUUGCGGCUCUUGUUUACUACGCGGAGAGAAGUCAACCAAAUCCAGAAAAUCAGUUCACAAGUAUACCAUCCGGAUUGUGGUGGAGCCUCAUCACAAUUUCCACCGUGGGUUUUGGUGAUAUGGUGAGUACUGUUUCGACCUCAAUCUACAUAUUCCCCAUGUCGCAUCUUUGCUACGUAUAA